UCUCACUCAGAACCACGACAACAACAAUCAACAAGCAUCAGUCAUGUCUCCCCCAGAGCUCCCCUCCAAGCUUGUCACCGUCCCCUGGUCGGAGGCUCUUGACAGCGAGGUCGACUCUUGCGGGUCCGAAUCAUCUCCAGGCCCAUUCGCUCUAACCGUCCCUCAUGCUAUCAUCCGAAAUACUCAUCUCUAUAACCAGCUCCGCUACGCUGAAGACCUCGACAACCGAUCCCUUAAAGACGUCAUCGCUCCUCUCUGUCAAGAGAUCGCACACUUUCAAAAGCAAGACAACAAUGAGAUGUACGGCCUCUCCAAGACCAUCAUUAUCAAGUACGGUGAGACUUCUCUCCGCGUCAUCCGUCGCAUGUUGGACCUCAACCUGGUCUACAACUCUCGCCCUGAGAUCCCUGGCGACAUUCCUCUGGUCUUCGCUCAGGGUACUUGGUCUGGUACUCUCCGCGACACUGUUUUGUACCGUGUGCAUUAUGCCGAGGACUUCAAGAUUGCGAAUCACAACCAGUUCAAGAACGGCGCUUACGUCACCGACGUUCUUACUCAGGAUCACCGCGACCGAGUCGAGCGCGCUGCCAAGGAGCGUGAGGUCCUGUCCGCUGUUUGGCAAGAAGUGGCUGAGAGCUCUAAGCUUAAAUUCUCUAGCUCUAAGUGCCUAGGGAUGGCAAAAGAGUCUGCCCUAGAGCUCUGCCUCGAGACUGUGGAGGCCUUCCAUGAGAAGCUUGACAGAGUCUCAGAUGACAAGGAGUAUGAGCUUUAUGUAGGAGAUACAGAAGAGGUUCACCGCCAUCAGGCCCGUCAGCUGUUGCAUAUUGCAGUCCGAGCUGCUGCCAACUGGGAGCCUCGACAACCCGGAUCUUCAGACAAUAUUUUGGCUAUGUACUGUCAAGACAUGCUCCGACGCCGUAGGAACGAUAUCCGCAAGCAGAAUGCAGAACUGAGACAGCAGCUUGAGGCCAUUCUUGGAGAUACUCGUGGAGGACAGGUCGGCAUGGGCAGUAAUGGUGAGAGCGAAUAUGACAGUGAUGAUGAGUCUGAGGAUUCCGAUGAUUCUGAUCUUCCUAUGUUUGGCCACUACACCUAAGGAAGCUCACC